UUGAUAUCGAUAAGUGUCAAAUUACAACCGGGUGGGAAAAGACAAAAAAAAAAACAAAUACAGAAAAUACAAUUAUACAAUCCGAGGUCUGUUGUGUCUCCUCCUGAGAUGGCUAUGCUAACGCGCCUGACCAGCAGCGGCACGACAACAGUAGCACCUGGUUCGCCUAAAGCGUUGCAACGCUUUCAGAAUUAUCUCAGCGCAUUUCUCUGGCCGGGAACGUCGCAACGCAAGUCGUCGACGCAACUGGAUGCCAUUGAUUGCUUCACCAAUGAGCUAGUCAAUCGUAAGACACAGAAAUGGGGCGAAUUGCGUGAAAGCCUGAUGAAGCCCACUGGCGAGGAGGCCAAUUAUGGAGGAAGCAGCUUUGGCCAGAACGUGGGUCUCAUGUCCAAGGGCAUGAUGAGCGAUCUGAAGACUUUGCGCUCCCCGCAGCUAGGCCUCGAUAUACGAUCUCUCUCACAACCACAGCUUGACAACUUACUGCUGGCGACACUGGAAGUUAAGAACAAGUUGGACUUCCUCUAUUUAAUACGACAAUGCGUUCGCUGGCAGCAGUUGCCCUGCAACGAGGUUUUCAUCUCCUGUCUAAAGUAUUUGAGCUCUUUGGGUCGCAUGCAGCAGCUGGAAUCGCUGGCGGAGACCUGUCGCCAGUUGAAUCAUCCGUUUGCCACCAUGUACUCAGAUUUGGCGCCGUUCAAGGCAAUCGCCUUGUGGCAUAACGGCAACUCGGAUGUGGCACUGAUGACCCUGCAUCGUGGCUAUGGCGGAAGUCUUAAUACAGAGGAAGGCAGGCGCAUGAUUCGCGUCGCCUUUCGCACCAUUGUGGAGGAGACGCUGGCUCAGAAAAGCGAAGCAGUCCUCGUCUCCCUAAUGGAGGUCGCCCGUGCCAUACACAACGAGCACAAAGACAUCUUUGUGGUGGCCUGUGUGUGGAAACAAUGUUUUGCCAGUGAUUGGUUUAGCGAUCAGAAAUCUGCUGGCGAGCUGUUCGAGCACCACAAGGAGCUGCAGCAACUAGUGGAUCGAAGAGCCAGUCCGCUAUGCUCCUCAUUCCUGAGUCGCCACAAUGUGGACGCUGUGCAUCGUCUAAUAGAGGUAUUUUUGCAACACAAUCAACGCAAUGCGUGCGCCAAUUGCCUCAGUUUGCUCUUCAACUAUCAAUACUUGCGUAAGGAUUUGCGUGCGUGCGCAGAAAUUGUUAAGUCCUGCAGUGAGCUCGAAAUGCCACUGAACGAGCUACAAAACGAACAGUUCCUUAGCCUGUUCCUUGAUCAGAGCGAACCAUAUGAUACUGCAGCUGCUGGCAAUCGAACGACGGGGAACAAGUACAAAACGAAAUCGUUCCAGUACAAAUUUUAGAGACAAUUGUAUUCCCCACUUUGUUGCAUCCGUAGUCUGUAAUUGUAGAGCACACAUUACAUAGCAAUACGCACAUACCUUUACCACUUGAAUAAAUGUUAUUUAUCUUGUCAAUCCA